AUGCCACCUAAAAAAACAAGAGCUUAAAACGGUAAAGUCUAAAAAAGACCUGUAGAAGAAGACCUUGAUGAAAUAGAAGAAGAGGUUAAAAUGGAGAGUGAAGAUCAGAAUAAGAAAAAUUAAAAAGAGAACACUACAAAUGGUAAACCAUAAACUGAUGAUCAAGAUAUUCUAAAAAAAUUAGGAGAUGAUGAUCCUAUUCCUAAAGAAUUUUACAAUUGUUGUGUUGUAGAUUUAGCAUAAAAACUAAUAGGUACUUAUCUAAUUAGAGUUUUGGACGAUGGUACAGUUUUGAAAGCCAUGAUUGUUGAAACUGAAGCUUAUAAAGCUCCUUUAGAUAAAGCUUGUCAUGCAUACAACAAUAAAAAAACAGAAAAAACUAAAUGGUUUUGGUAAGAUGGAGGCCAUCUAUAUAUGUAUAGUAUUUAUGGAAAUAAUAACUGUAUGAAUAUCGUUAGUGCUACCAAAGAUGAACCAGAGGCUGUUUUGAUCCGUGCUCUAGAGCCUAUUUAGGGCAUUUAAGUCAUGAAAAAGUUCAGAGGAAGCAACCCUAAACUAAAAGAUAAAGACUUAACUAAUGGACCUGGUAAACUUACUUAGGCUAUCAAUAUUGAUAAAGAUUAUAAUGGACACACUUUAUUUGAAAAGGGAAAGUUAUAUCUUGUAAAAGGAUUAGAUAAAUCUGCUGUAUAAAUUGAAGCUAGCAAAAGAAUUAAUAUUGACUAUGCUUAAGAGUGGGUAGAUAAACUUUGGAGAUUCACUUUAAAAGGAAAUAAAUUUGUAUCCAAAUGA